AUGUCAGUGAACUUGAUCACCACUGCGAUCAUCAAGGUGUUUGAUGACGGACAUCAACCAGAGCUUUGUCGUGCACUCCUUGACACAGGAUCAUCCGCCAACUUCAUUACAAGUGACCUCGCAUCAAAAUUGAGGCUGAAGAACAUUAAGAGUGCUAUUCCAGUGGGAAGCAUCAAUGAAAAUACCACGAUAUCCCACCAUUUCAUCUCUGCUGUGAUUCAAUCGUGCAUCAAUGACUUCAAGCGGGAGCUUCAGUUCCACAUUGUGCCCAUCAUCUCCAAGCUCACCCCUGAUCAGCAAAUACCUCGACAUCUUCUGGAUAUUCCUAAGAAUCUCAAAUUGGCAGAUCCAGACUUCCAUAAACCAGCGGCAGUGCAUCUCAUCCUUGGGUCAGGUAUUUCAUUGGCAGCUCUGAGUGGCGGACAAAUCAAAUUGUCGUCAACUUCAGAGACUGAUCUUAUCCUCCAAAAAACUGUGUUCGGUUGGGUGAUCGGUGGUAACGUACCGAGCAAGGGUUGUCAAAUUGCAAGAUGCAAUCAUCUAUCACUCUUAGAUGAAGACAAUUUGUCUGAGGAACAUUUCCUCAACCAUGUGACCAGGAAUGCUCUUCCCUUCAACAACACGGUGCAUCAACUCGGUUGCUCUCGCAAGCAGGCGAAACAGAGGCUCUACGGACUGGAACGACGUUUCAAACAGAAUCCAGAAUUCAAGAAGCAGUAUUCAGCAGUACUGGAAAAAUAUCUACAACUAGGUCACAUGAAGAAGGUGGAGAACGAGAUUGAAGAGGGCUUCUAUCUUCCACAUCAUUCAGUGAUCAAGGAGACCAGCCUGACCACGAAGGUACGGGUUGUGUUCGAUGCUUCUGCCCCGUCUAGUUCCAAGCUGUCUCUUAAUAACGUGCUCAUGGUCGGGCCAACCAUCCAAGAUGAUAUCUUUUCUCUCAUCUUGCGAUUCCGACUUCACAAUUAUGUUUUAACGGGAGACAUCGAGAAGAUGUACCGGCAGGUACUAGUGCGUCCUGAAGAUCGCAAAUACCAAAGAAUUCUCUGGAGAGAUAACGACAAUCAGCUGACAGCCUAUGAACUCCAGACAGUUACCUUCGGGAUUGCCUCCGCACCCUAUCUCGCUGUAAGAUGUCUUCAGCAGCUGGCCGAAGAUGAACAGCAGAGAUAUCCAACUGCAUCAAGAAUCUUGAAACGAGAUCUCUACGUCGAUGAUGUAUUCACUGGUGCAGAGACUCUUCAAGAAGCUAUGCAUCUUCGCGAUGAUUUGAUGUCGCUUCUGAAAUGUGGUUGUUUUAACCUUCGUCAAUGUGCUUCGAAUCAUCCCGAACUUCUUCAAGGACUCCCGGAGUCCAGUGUAAACUUGCAAUUACUCCACGGCGGUGAUUCAACCUUGAAGACACUAGGUGUUCGAUGGGAUUUCAGUCGAGAUGAAAUCAUCUAUUCAGUGUGUCCUAUUGCCACGAGGAUAAAAACAACAAUGAGGACAAUUUCAUCGGAUAUCGCAAGGAUAUUCGAUCCUCUCGGAUUAUUAAAUCCAGUUGUGGUUCAGACAAAACUUAUAAAACAGGAUCUGUGGCGCCUCAAUCUUAAUUGGGACGAAUCCGUGCCUAAGAACAUUGAGACAACCUGUCUCAAGGAGCUACAACUACAUGGGUUUUGCGAUGCAAGCCAGAAGGCUUAUGGUGCUUGCAUCUAUGUUAGGACAAUCUCUAACAACGACCAGACGAGUUCGCAAUUAUUCUGCGCCAAAUCACGUAUGACUCCGUUGAGAAACCCCCAAUCAAUUCCGCGAUUGGAACUAUGUGCUGCUCUUUUGCUUUCUCAAUUAUACUCGACCGUCUGCAAAACCAUAAACACGAACAUAAACCGUGCUGUAUUCUGGACUGAUUCAUCAACUGUGUUACACUGGAUUAACACAAAACCAGAAUUGCUGAAAACAUUCGUGAAGAAUAGAGUGAUGUCAAUUCAACAGAAGACCAAUGCCAGAGACUGGAGACAUGUGCGGACCCACGAGAACCCAGCGGACGCUAUCUCCAGAGGACAAUCACCAGCAGAAUUUCUCCGAAAUCAUCUGUGGGUUAGGGGACCAGCAUGGCUCACCAGGGGAGAGAAGGAUUCGACGACCUCACGACACUGUCUCCCGAGAUCGAAGCCAUCCUGA